CACACAUACGAUUCCAAAAGUAGCUUGGCGACAGCAGCAGUUCACUCCCAUUGUAACGACGUCAGGCCAAGAUGGCGGCGCACAUAGCACGACGAUCUUAUUUACUUUGUAGUAGUGUAGGAGUAAAACUGUUUCCACAACAUGUCAAACUAAGGAGUGUCGAGAUAAGAGACAUUAACAAAGCGUUACAGCUGAGUGUUGGAUACGGGACCCGAGAGACAGACAUCACACAGGACACACAAGUCCACAUCCCAGUGGAUCGUCUGAGAGUAUCUUACAGCAGAAGCAGUGGUCCUGGUGGUCAGCACGUCAAUAAAGUCAGCACAAAAGCAGAGGUCAGAUUCCAUGUGAAAACAGCAGACUGGAUCCCAGAAGAUGUUCGACAGAAAAUCUUUGAAAAGAACAAAAACCGCAUCAAUAAGGCCGGGGAGCUGCUGGUGACCUCAGAGCUGAGCAGGAGUCAGCAAAGAAACCUCUCUGAUUGUAUACAGAAGAUUUCUGCCAUCAUAGCUGAGGCCAGUGAGAAGCCAUAUGAACCAACAGCAGAAGACAUAGCUCUUAGGGCAGCCAGGUACUUCCCAGUUAGAGAAGGGGAACAAGGAGCGACUCAAACAGAAGAAGAUCCAUUCAGUUACCAAGAAGAGCAGACGAGUGGAUUUUGACUAAUUGAUAGACCUCUACCUCUCAUGACUGUAUUUUCAGUAUUUCCAUACUAUUUAAAUGUCCACUGUAAAUUAUUUGGUCUUUAUAUUUCUGCACAAUAAAAGUGAGUAGCAACAUUUUUCAUACUGAAUACCAGAAAAUCAUAAAGAUCAGUGUGAGAUGAUUUAAAGUAAACUACUCCGACUGUAUACGGGUGAUAAACAGCAUUCUGUGACGCAUCAGAUUCUGUGAUCUGCAUAGGAUUUUCUGUUGUAUUUCCACUCCAAACAUAUUUAUCACACUGUAUUACAUGAAUAGCUAUUAUUCAAAAAUUGUGACCUUCAGAUGUUAGAGGGGGAAAAGAUAGAAGUGAUAGCACAAACUUUAGUUUAUAGGUCUGUCUGUUAAAUAUCAACAGGUCACAAUAUCACAAUAAUUGGCUGAAACUUAGGUCAUUUUCAUGUAGUUGAUCCUCUUCUGGAGGAAGAAAUAUGACUUGGGCGUCAUUAAAUAAAUUAAUUAAUGAAUAAAAUAAAUAUAUACAGUAAAUAAUGAUAUCAAUAGUAAAUACAUACAUAAAAGCUGAUUAAAAAAAAGAAAUGUCUUAAUUUUAUUAAUACAAUUUUUACACAU